GGUGAGAGCGACUGGAACGUCAAGAACAUCUUCACUGGGUGGGCCGAUGUGGACCUCAGCGACAACGGCAAGAUCGAGGCGCUUGAGGCGGGCAAGAUGCUGAAGGACAACGGCUUCAGGUUCGACAUUGUCUUCACGUCAGCGCUCAGGCGCGCUAUCAGGAUUGACCGCGUGGACCGCCUUGAUGGAGUCGGAUAACUUCUCGAUGCCCAUCAUCAACACCUGGAGGCUCAACGAGAGGCACUAUGGCGGUCUGCAGGGGCUGAACAAGGCCGAGACCGCAGAGAAGCACGGCGACAAGCAGGUCAAGAUCUGGCGCCGCAGUUACGACAUCCCGCCGCCUACCAUCUCCACGUCCGACCCGCGCCACCCCUGCAACGACCCGCUCUACCGCCACGUCCCCGCUGAGGCGCUGCCCGGCGCGGAGUCCCUGAAGAUGACGGUCGACCGCGUGCUGCCGUUCCUGAACGACACGAUCCUCCCGUGCGUCAUGGCCGGCAAGAGCGUGCUCGUCGCCGCGCAUGGGACCGAAUUCCCUGCGGGCCAUCUGCAAGUACCUGGAGGGCAUGUCCGAGGAGGAGGUGCUGGAGCUCAACAUCCCGACCGGAGUGCCCCUGGUGUACGAGCUGGACUCCCAGCUGAAGGUCGUCAGCAAGUAUUACCUCAUGGACCCGGAGGAGGUGGCGGCGAAGGUGGCCGCCGUCGCCAACCAGGGCAAGGCGAAGUGAUCGCUGGCAGGGCCUGCAUUGGGCUCGAGCACGGCGCGGUCUGCGGCGCGCGACCGCCGGCAAGUUUGGCCUCACGCCCCUGGGAGACCCUCGCUGCCCCAGGCCCAUCGCGAUGUCUCCGCGGGGGGCGCCCCUUUUCGGGUCCCCGCGUCGAAGACGGCCGUCGUUUCGCGCUGCCGCCGGGCGAGGGUCGGCGGGUCCGGCCGCCUUCGCACACCUUCCCCGCUCGGCGCGCCGCCCGGGGGCGGGCGCGCACGGGAGGGUGGAAGAGCGAAGCGUGCGAGGGCCCGGGCUGGCCGCUGCGGCACAGGGCCCCGCGUUUUCCCCCUGUGGUGGUUUUUGCUCCUUCCCCUGCGAAUCGCACGCGGAGGGCGCCGUCGCAGGGGCGCUGUCGCCGCCGUCGCGAGCGAAGCCUCGUGCCCGCGUGUGCCGUCGGUGUUGCGCAGGAUUGUUGUCCCGUUUUUGCGCGCCCCGGCCGCACACUCUUUCUAGACCAGAAUUUGGACUUUUUAUGUGACCGGCCGCGGUGGCGAGGGUUCUGCCGUUCGCCCCCGAUCGUUGCCCCGCACUCCCUGUGAAUAACACAGCCGCGGCCGGGCGUAUGCGCAGUCCAGCUGCGCGCUAGCAUCCGACAGCACUCCCUCUGCCAGAGGAGCGUGCGUAUUGCUUCUUGUGGCAGUGCCUGCCGUGACGGCGGUAUUUCGGUCGCGUCUGCUUCUCCUCGCCUCUGUCGCAGAAACAACGGUCUGACGGGCGCGACGGAGAGCC